CCCCGCCCCCUCUCCCCUCCCCAUCUCAUUCUAGGGUUUAGGGUUUAACCGCCGACGCGCCACCAUGCGCCACCUCGCCCGCCUCCUCAACCACCGCCUCCUCCUCCCCUCCACCGCCACCGCCUCCUCCUCCGCCGCCGCGGCCUUCUCCACCUCCAAGCGCGCCUACCCCAGCCGAGCCAAGCCGCGCCCGCCGCCGCCCAGCGAGAGCCCCGCGGAGGACGCGGCCGGAGACGACGGGGACGCGCCCCCGCCGGCCGACCCCGCGGCGUGGCAGAGGGAGAAGGUCCCCAGCGAGCUGCCCCGCCCGCCCACCAUUCCCUUCCAGCCAAGUGUCGCCAACGCCGUCCGCCUCGUCGGCACCGUCGGCGCGCCCGUGCAGCUCCAGCGCCUCCCCGACGGCCGCUUCUCCGCCGUCUCCGUGCUCGUGCAGGACCGCCGCACCGACUUCCCCAAGUUCUGGAUCCCUGUAAUAUUUCAAGACGACUUGGCACAAAUAGCUGCUUCUCACUUGCAAGAAAAGGACCUUGUCUAUGUGUCUGGGCAAUUAACUGGAGAUGUUCCGCCAUUCAAACAUACUGAUGGCCAAGCAAAUAUUCAGGUUGUAGCACAUCUGCUGUCAUUUGUUGAUAGUAAAGCUGUGGAAACGGAUCUCAUGGUGGAUGAAGAGGAAGGGUUUAUGGAGAUUGCUGAGGCUGAAAAGAAAGUUGAACAAACCAAACCUGUCUCUAAAUAUCCAGCAUGCACAUUUUCAGAUUAUAAAGCCAAACAGGACAAGUACAGAACGCUCUGGAAUGAUGUUCUUGCCAAUCCACUUAAUUGGACUGAUAACCGAGCUGAGAAGGCGAAUGGAUCUAAAAAUCCAAAGUAUCCUGAUUUUAAGAACAAGACAGCAGAUGAGGCACUCUGGCUUGACUCAGCACCACAUUAUGUGCUAGAGAAGUUGGAUGGUUUGACCUUUAAUAGUGGCUACAAUGCAGCUAAAACAUAUAAGCCUUUUAAUUCUAGCAUUGGGAAAGGUACGAAUACAGGUUGGAGUAAAUUCAAGACAAGCCAAGCUGCCUCUCCUGAGAAACAGAAAAAGGAAGCGGAAUUGUGGCAGAGUCUGGUGGACAGUCCUCAAAGCUGGUGGGACAACCGAGCAGACAAGAGGUCACCUAAAGCCCCCGACUUCAAGCACAAGGACACUGGCGAGGCUCUGUGGUUAAGCCCCAAGACACCAAGUUGGGUUACAGAUGCGCUGCCACCGGUGAGAGGAGGUAGCAGAGGCGGAGCUAGAAGACCGGAGACCCUGCUCUCUUGACCUAUCUGAGGUGGCCUUGGCUGUGCGUCGGGCGUUGCCUCAGCUAUAUUCUUUUGCUAAAUACUCAGGCUGUCUUCGGUCUGCUAACUUAUGCGAGUAAGGUAGAGACCACUUUCAAGAUUAAAAAAAAUAUCUCUGCCUUAACCUCCAGCGCUGUCACUGAUGGCCAUGUGGCCUUCGUAAUGCUAUGCCAGGAUGUAAAUAGCAUUUCCACAAAAUCGAUGAUAUUUAUGCUGCCA